ACGGAGUGGCUAAACGAGGAGGGAGACUCGGACCAGCAGAGACACAGAUGAGAUGCUUCUGGUUUGAUGUGAAACAAGAGAGGAAAAGCUUAAAAGAAACAAAGCUGAAAUUUUCUAUACAUUUAUAGACCGGUGUCUCCAGUUUUCCAAAAUUUAUCAGUUACAUUUUUUUUUUCUUUUGUGUGGUCACUUUCUUUUUUGGGGGGGGUUCCUUUUUUGGUUUCUUUCUCAAGGGACCACUUCCAUCAUCAGAAGACAUCCAGCCAGCCCCCACCCCACUAAAGCACCCACAGUCUGAAUCCCGCUGCAGUUUGGCGGCAGCUGUGGUGCUGGUUCUACAUGGCUAAAUAAGUGGUGAAAAGAGGGGGGGGGGCAGCUCUGGUGGUUUUCUCUAAAGCUGCAGUCAAGACUAAGACAAAAAGGGGGAGCAGGCGGAGAAGGAGGAUGGCGGUGGCUCUGGAAGAAGUUUGGGGCCGCGUGAAGAAUGUCUGCAAGCAGAACGGACUGCUCAUCCUUUCUGUGCUGGCUGUGGUCAUCGGCUGCCUGCUGGGAUUCUUCCUCAGAGGCAAGCAGCUCUCCGAGCAGGAGGUGAAGUACUUCCAGUUUCCCGGAGAGCUGCUAAUGAGGAUGCUGAAGAUGCUGAUUCUGCCUCUCGUUGUUUCCAGUUUGAUGUCCGGUCUCGCAGCCCUUGAUGCAAAAUGCUCGAGUCGCCUGGGCAUCAUGACCAUUUCCUAUUACCUGUGGACCACCUUUGUCGCGGUGGUAGUGGGCAUCCUCAUGGUGUACAUCAUCCACCCAGGCGGAGCCGCCCAAAAGGAAGAUUCAGAUGAGAGCAAGAAACCAAUGACAAGCUCAGCUGACGCCCUGCUGGAUCUCAUUCGCAACAUGUUUCCGGCCAACUUGGUCCAGGCCACUUUUCAACAGUACCGAACGCACAGAGUUGCAGAACUCAUCCCCAAACCAACAGUGGCACAGACCCUGGAUGAGACCACUACGCGCAGGGUCUACAUUUAUGGCAUCCAGGACGACAACAGCACAGACAUUCAGAACUUCUCCUUGGACCUGACGCCGCCUCCUGAUGUCAUUGUGAAAACUUCGCCUGGUACCAGCGAAGGCAUGAACGUGCUGGGAAUUGUUAUUUUCUCAGCCACUAUGGGGAUAAUGCUGGGAAGAAUGGGACCCAAUGGGAGUGCAUUGGUAAACUUCUGCCAGAGUUUGAAUGAAGCAGUUCUAAAGAUAGUUGCCAUUGUCAUUUGGUAUUUUCCGUUUGGCAUUGUGUUCCUGGUUGCUGGCAAGAUCUUAGAAAUGGAUGACCCCUCAGCCAUGGGGAAGAAGUUAGGCUUUUAUGCGAUCACCGUAGUCAUGGGACUGGUGCUACAUGGCCUCUUCAUCCUCCCAGCCAUGUACUUCUUCAUCACAAAGAAGAGUCCUAUCGUUUAUAUCCGAGGCAUUCUGCAGGCCCUGCUCAUCUCAUUGGCCACCUCAUCCAGCUCUGCCACUCUGCCUAUCACCUUCAAGUGCCUCCUGGAGAACAACCACAUUGACCGACGCAUCAUUCGCUUCGUGCUGCCAGUCGGGGCAACAAUCAACAUGGACGGCACGGCUCUCUACGAGGCGGUGGCAGCCAUCUUCAUCGCUCAAGUGAACAAUUACGAACUGGACUUUGGCCAGAUCAUCACCAUCAGCAUCACUGCCACGGCUGCCAGCAUCGGCGCAGCUGGAAUCCCACAGGCUGGCCUUGUUACCAUGGUGAUCGUACUGACCUCUGUGGGCCUGCCCACCGAUGACAUCACUCUCAUCAUUGCCGUCGACUGGGCUUUGGAUCGCUUCAGGACCAUGGUGAAUGUGAUGGGGGACGCUCUGGCAACGGGGAUCAUGGCUCACAUCUGCAGGAAAGACUUUGUUAAAGAAGGAGAGCAGGUUCCACUCAUAUGUGAAACAAAACCCAUGAUAAGCAUCCAGCAGAUGAUGACGUACCAGAACCAGAAGAACGGCUGUUACCAGCCACCGCCGGGCAGCAAGCACGACCACCUCUCCCCUGACGUGGCUCGUCUGAUCCAGCUGGAGGAGGGCAUCAGGCCAGUGGAGAAGAAGAAGCACGCUCACGCCUCUCACAACAAGAGAGAGCACAGGGACAAGGACCACUGUUCUGUGGACAUGAACGGCCUGGAGACUAACGUAUGAAAGCAGCAGCUUUCAAAAGCGUAUCUGCAGAAACAGCAGGAGAGGAAAGCUGCUGCAAGUUUCCACGCUUCCUCCCUCCGAGACGAAUCGAGGUCCAGAGAAGUUAAAUGCAAACAAAACUGAGACUCUUUUUUACUUCAUAACCUUAUGUGAUAACCCACAUUUUAUUGCUUUUGUCUUUUGUGUAAAUACUUACAGCCACUAAGAAAAAUAAUAAUAUUAAUUGCUUGGAUGCCUGAAAAAUGCAAACAAACAAAAAGGAUUCUUAGAGGUUAUUCUUACCUGGUUGAUGUGCAUCCACUCCUGCAUUUCCAGCCUGCAACACAUUUCCAAACAAGCAGGGACAGAGUUUAUCAUCAAACUCACCAGUUUGACUAUGAAGUAUUGAUGUUUUUAACAAAGGUUUCCCAAAUCUGUCCCUCUGCCAAUAUGUUUUUAUUGGAUAUUAAAAGUUCCUGGUGCAGUUUUUCUGUGAAAAUAGGCAGAGCUAUGGUUCCUGAAGAACUUUUCCAUUGAAAACUGUAAUUUAAACACAACAGGUUGCUUAAAAGUGGGGGGAAAAUACCACCUGGCUGUUUGUUCCAACUGAAAACUCCUGAAAGGAGUUUUAUUGAAGUAAAUAGUGAUUUGUUAAUACUUUUUAGAAAGAAAGCAAAUUGGCAAACAUAAAUUAGUCGCAAAAAUGCCUCAAAUGUAAAAGACAUCUCAAUCAAAAGUCUACCAGCGGAUUUACUGAUGGCCUGAAAUGAUGUUAUUUUUUUCAGAAUGUAUCUGAACUGAUUAUGGCCUACUUCUUCUAGUUUGAUCCCUAAACCCUAAUACACAUACCAGUAAAUAUCUUUCAAUCUUAAAAAAAACAAAAAUAAAUUUGUUCGUUAUAUGGUAAGGUAUGUGGAAAGUUCAGGACCUGCUACUAAAUUUUUACACUUGAUGUAACAUUUUGAAUAAAUAAGAAUGAGAGUCAGAAGUUACCAGAAAUUGCUAUGAAACUGUCAUUUCUUUUUUUUUAAUGGAUCUAGAAAAGUUAAUUACAAUGGAGUAUUAAGUCCACCAUAAAAAUAAAAGAUAAAUAAAUGAACGAGAAUAAAAUAGUAAAAUUAUUAGAUAAAUGUUAUAAUUUUACAAGAAAAAGUCUUACUCAUAAUGUUAUCGUGUUUUUUUCCUAGUUGUAUGACUUUAUUCUCAUAAAUUAAAUUAUUUAUUAUGGUGGCCCAAAUACUCGUAAUUAAGACUUUCAUUUAUGCCAUAGAUUUCUCCUCCAGUUGUGUAACACAGCAAGAAUUAUUGUUUUAUUGAAGCCAAUCUGAAAGAAAUAAAUGUUUCUAGAGCUGAAAACACAAAAACGGUUUCCAAGAUACAAAAUAAAAACAGAUUUUAAAUCAAAUUAGAUCAAUAAAAAUGAACAAGUGCAGUCGUUCAAUUGCAGUGUGGCUCAUUAUAACACGUUUCCAGGGUGCUUUCUUCAGCACUUACAUUUAAUCUAAAGAGGACUGGUACACCCCCACAUUUUAGGCAAAAAGCUAGAAUCCAGAUCGACCAUGAUUAGUGGUUAACUGAUAAAUUAGGUCUCCAGUUCUUUAUUGUCAUGUUUAUUUGAGCCAAUCUCUGACAUGAAGGAAUUUAUGGAUUAUUAUAUAUCCAUUCCUUGUUAAAAAUGUAUUAAUUCCCCAUCAGUGUGCCUUUCUCACACUGUUUUAUGUGUUGCAGACUUCAGAUGCAGGAGUGAGUUUAUGUGCUGCAAGCAAAACCUCUGUUUGUAAAAAAUGAGAGUCUGUUUAGUUGAAGACAAAUUUCAUUUUCUGUUUGUUCCUUUUUUGAACUAAAAAAAGACAAAAAAAUAUUAAUUUUUUUAUUACGGUCUGAAUGUUCCUGCAAGUUGUGUCCUGGGCAUGACUGGAUGUUUGCUUUUUUUUAUUGUUACAACACGUACUUUAUGAAGAUCUUUGGGCAACAAGUUGCGGGUUUGGAACAAUAAUCGACUAUAUUCAGCAUCAUCUGCAAAACCACACCAUGACACAGGGGGUGCAAGCUCAGUAAUCAUGCAGAGUGGGAGUGAAAAACGGAAUUGUCUCCUGAUUUCCCUUCAACAACACUCCUUCUUACGCAAUCUUCUCUGCUUAUGCUUCUCCAAGCUCAUGUCGUUCCUCUGCUCCAUGGAUUCCCAUCAAAAGUAUCUGACGAUCACAAAGAGGGGUGUCUGAGCCAUCGACUUAGUCUUGUUGUUUUGAAUCUCACUGUAUCCGUCUUUGCCUUAAACAACCAAAGGAAACAUUCAGGAGGGCAGCACACUGUUUGCCAUAACAGUCGAGACGACCAGCGGAAGCAACAACAGGCCACACUGAGCUCCGUUCUAGAGGAUGUGACAUACUCUGUACAUUAUGUAGUUUUAAUACCAUUUUAGAGUGUUUCAAAAGCUGCAAUCAUGUAUUUGUAUGAAGAAAAAAAAAGAGUCAUAGCACAAAACUGUAUACAUGUAUAAAUGUCAAAAUGCAUUAUUGUAUUGUGGGGAAAUGUGAAGAAAAAAUAUACAUAUUUAUCGAAAGGA